AUGAGGAACUGGGUGCCAUCCCUCGGCCUGUUGGGAUACCUGGCAGCUUUGGUUGCGGGGAACGAGGUGCAGCUUAAGCAAGAUGACGCCCAUCGACAGCGGUGUUCAGGGAUGUAUAGCCGAAAGUCCUGGGGUGGUUCAAUAGAACCUUUCAUCCUCGUCAAGUUCCUCCCGGAUCAUACCGAAGACAACACCGACCCGAUCGUGAGCCUGAUCAUAUUUGAAUGGCAAGAUGAAGAGCUCAUAGGACGGAUGCCGCCUGGUGGGCAAAGCUACCGUGACAUCGAAACAAUAUGCUCUGCAGACACCGUGGCCAAAGGCCUAUGUGAAGAGAAGGACAUUGGCGCUUUCAUACUGGCGCCAAAUGCAACGGAUUUGACGAAAAAUCCUAUCUAUGACGAAGCCAUCCACCUCAAAGACCCCAAGGCGAUCAAUUAUCCGAUCCGGCGAACAGGUUACUAUUGCGUCUCGACCUUUGCAUUUUCAAACCAUGAGUACGACGCGGUGGUGGAAUUCCGGAACGCUUACGGCGAACUUCCUGCGGCUCAAAUAGCAAAGCUUCCUUUUUACGGCGGCCUAACCAUCGUAUAUGCAGUCUUAGGUGCCUUCUGGGCAUUUCUUUAUGUACAGAAUCGCUCCGACAUUCUCCCGGUCCAGAAUUAUAUCACGGCGACUAUCAUCUUCUUGAUUGUCGAACAGCUCAUGACCUGGGGGUUUUACGAUUACCAGAACCGACACGGGAACAACACGUUGAACAAAGUCUUCAUGGUCAUUGUGUCGAUCCUCAACGCCGCCCGGAAUUCCCUCUCCUUCUUUCUCCUGCUGAUAGUCUGCAUGGGCUACGGUGUGGUCAAACCAUCUCUAGGCAGGACGAUGAUCUAUGUCCGGGUCCUUGCUGCGGCUCACUUCAUCUUUGGCGUCCUCUAUGCUACAACCUCCAUGGCUGUCACUCCCGAGUCGGUCGGCCCUCUCAUUCUAUUCGUCAUUCUUCCAUUAUCCGGAACUCUGACGGCAUUCUAUGUUUGGACACUGUCAUCGCUCAAUGUGACCAUCAAGGACCUUGUCGAACGGAGGCAGAAGACCAAAGCCAUGAUGUACAAGAAACUGUCAUGGUGCAUUCUCGGCUCUAUCCUGGUCAUCUUUGCUUUCUUCUUCGUGAACAGCUUCGCGUUCGCCGGAAGUAGCGAGGCCGAUUUCAUUCCGAAGCACUGGCAGACGAGAUGGUUCGUCCUUGAUGGUUGGCUAAACCUGGUUUACUUGUUCGACAUCGCAUUUGUGGCGUAUCUAUGGCGGCCGACCGCGAACAACAGGCGCUUUGCCAUGAGCGACGAGUUAGCACAGGAGGACGACGGCUUCGAGAUCCGAAGCAUUCGCGACUCAUUUUCAGACGAUGAAGAAGCCGCUCGAAAAGACCACGAAGGGGCAGCAAGUCCCUCUGGUGGAGCAUCGACAUCGCACACAGACUCAACCAAUGUCCCUCCUGCCCCGGCAGGGCAGAAUAGCAGUAAAGCUCCGCCUGAUCCCCCGCGACUCCGGGAAUCACUGGACGGGGAGACCAUAUUCGCUGUGGGAGAUGAUGGGAUCGAGUGGAGUGAAGGCGAGGAAGAGAGUGGUGACGAACGGAAAAAGUUGACGGGCAAAUAA